UUUUAUUUUAGGUUGGUCGUUUUUUCAUCAUGUGAUGGAUCCUCCUCACUGUAACCGAGGGACCCGUUAUGAUAUAUAACUGGGCGUUGUAGGCUUUCAUAUCCUCUUUGUUGCCGAAUGACCCUUGAUAGACACUUUAUCGAAUCUUUUCUUGGGCUUUCACUGUUUCCACUAUCCCCGGGAUGUCACAAUCUGAUACGACUGAGGAGUACUCUGGACGGACUUCCCUCGGGUGUUGUCCGGUUUUACGAGCAGACCUAGUCCACGAUGGCGCGAGUGGUCAGCAACGACUAGCAUAUUAUUGGCAACUCCAAUAUUAUAACGAUGUGCAGGAUGUAUCCGAGCUCAUCAACUUGCCUUCGAGUUUUGCCCAGACUGUGCAGGAAGAAAACGAUGUCUUUUACGCGACUUUUCCUAGCGCAAAGCCUCCCCUCGAUGUCUCUGGAAUGGUUCUCGGUGUAAUUUCAGAAAAUGGCUACCAUGACGGACUUGGAUUCUUCCCACCAGGAUGUGAUAUUGCCGGUGCUGAAAAAUCUGACUUGCCAAUCCACACAGUGGGCGUAGGUGCACUCAAACUUGGUAAACCCGAGCAUGCCGCAGGUUGGAGCAACGCUUGUUCGACUGUUACCAUCAACACGUUAACUCGAAGCCCCAUUGAGCAAAUCGACGUAUCGCCCGACCGACAUUCUUCACAUUGGGACAACGACUCUGCGAGUGACAUGACACCUUCGUCCCCUUAUUCUUCGAAUGCUGAUGGGCCAACGUCAACGGGUGACGAUUUUGAGGUUUCUGAUUCGGAAGCUCAUGGCUGCGAGGCUGAAGCCGACUACCAUAGUCAAGGACUUGAGGGUCAUCCACACCAUAGCCGCCUCUCCACACCUCUCCAUAUGGGCGCCUCUGCCACCCCAUCGACGACCUCCCCCCGUGGGGAAGGCGGGGGGUCCGUACAAGACCUGGAUCUAAGACCCUCUCAAGCUACCGGUACCUGGCCUUCCCUCAAAGUUCGUAGGAACGGCAGUGUAUCCCUAUCACUCUCAGCGAAUGCUGGCGGCGGCGACUCUUCAAUACAUACGAGCCUGACCACUUACGGUCGUCGCUCCACUACACUUCCGGCGCCAUCAUCAAACCAAAAUUCAGGAUCGAUUACCCCAGCUUCGUCAUCACAAGAUCCUUCCGCCACCUCGUCUUCGAACCUGAUGCCACUCAGUCCCUUACCGUCCCACCGAAGGCCUAUUGAGAAGAAGAAGACCCAGACGUUGGCAUGUAAUUUCUGUCGGGGAAGAAAGAUUGCAUGCGGGCCUCCACUUCCUGGAACAGUAGAGAAAACAUGCAAUCAAUGUCAACGACGGUCUCUGAAGUGUGUCUUCCCUACCGAAAGUCGGCGUGGUGUACGAAAGAAGAAACUCUCCGCCGCUCCAAAUGGAACUGACAUGGACACCGUUUCCGCGUCUCAGCCACUCGACAGCCAAGGUCCGGGCACGCUUGAAGGAGAAGGAUGAUGACGUAGAAGUUGAGCUCUCAUGAUCAAUGCUUCCGGCUCCCUUUCAUGUUUUUAAUGCAUUGGAACAGAAGCCUACAUACUAGUCAGCACAGUUAUUAGUAUUGCUAUGUCCACACGUCAACUUGAAUGAUUCUCUCUUUUUCCCCACGGGAUGUUCAUAGAUGUAUUCGCAUUUGUAUCCGAUCUCGCAGUGUUUUGUAGUACGCUUUGUCCGCACCCGCCUGCUUUCCUUCCCCAAUGUUUUCGUGCCGUUUUCAUGUCCAUACAGCUGUAACAAUAUAAUGAAUCUGAUCC